CGCAGAAUGGCUGCGUCUUGCUGUGGUGUUUCAGAACGCUAGCUUGCUACAAACACAGGAAGCGCACGCACCGCAAGCGCUGAUAGUCUCUGCCAAAAACUAAAUUGGGUGGAGGAGGGGAAAGGAACAACGCUAGGACUUCCUGAAAACGUCAGUUCUUUUGGGGUCAAUUCAGAUUUAUCAGCAAAGAGAAGCAAACAAAACAUUAAGAGGAAGGAUCUGGGAAAAAAAUGGAAAAGCAAUCGAGCGCAGGCGGCUACGGAGCCGAUGGUCUUGCACACCCAGUGGUUCCGAGCAGAAAGCCUUCCCGACCCAUAGGAAGCAACAGUGGAUCAAGACAGCCGAGCUUUGAAGCUUUGGACAGCCCCACAGGGUCACAUGUGGAGUGGUGCAAACAGCUUAUCGCAGCCACCAUCUCCAGCCAGAUCUCCGGUUCUGUCCCUCCAGACCCUGUGUCCCGUGACUUCAAGGUUGGAAGGAGGACAGAUCCAAGGGUUUCCAAGAGGCAAGAUCUGAGGUCCCAGGACUCUGGUGACGGGGCGAAUGGCUAUCACUCCGACAGCGACACUGAGCGCGCUCCUCACACCUCGGCACUGAGAGACGGGAACAAGCAGGCCCAAAUGGAGGAGGCACCGCGCGUCCCUGGGGAGUCCAUUAAAGCCAUUGCUAAAGAUGUGAUGUACAUCUGCCCAUUUACCGGAGCUGUAAGUGGUACACUGACAGUCACAGACUACAAGCUGUACUUCAAGAGCCUGGAACGGGACCCGCCCUUCAUCCUGGAUGUCAACAUGGGAGCCAUCAGCCGCCUGGAGACCAUCGGAGUGCAGAGUCAUGGGGAGAACACCCGGGGCAUGGAGAUUGUGUGCAAGGACAUGAGGAACCCCAGGUUUGCCUAUAAGAAGGAGGAACAAAGUAAACUGGAAAUCUUUGAGAUGCUGACCAAGCACGCCUUCCCCCUCUCCAAUGACCUGCCACUGUUUGGCUUCCUGUACAAGGAGACAUUCCCAGAGGAUGGGUGGAAAGUGUACGAUCCUGCCACUGAGUACAAGCGACUGGGCCUGCCCAAUGAGAGCUGGACCAUCAGUAAGAUCAACAGCAGCUAUGAGGUGUGUGACACCUACCCUGCCCUGUUGGUCGUGCCCACCAGUAUUCAGGAUGACGAGCUGAGGAGGGUAGCCUCAUUCAGAGCCAAGCAUCGCAUACCAGUGCUCUCCUGGAUCCACCCGGAGACACAGGCCACCAUCGUGCGCUGCAGCCAGCCCCUGGUCGGCCCCACGGACCGGCGCUGCAAGGAGGAUGAGCGCUACCUGCAGACCAUCAUGGACGCCAACGCACAGUCGCACAAGCUCACCGUCUUCGACGCCCGGCAGAGUAGCAUGGCUGAUACCAACAAGGCCAAGGACGGGGGCUACGAGAGUGAGAGCUUUUACCCAAAUGUGGAGCUCAACUUCCUGGAGAUCCCAAACAUGCAUGUUAUGCGGGAGUCUCUGCGGAAGCUGAAGGAAGUGGUGUACCCCACCAUCGAUGAAGCGCACUGGCUCUCCUCUGUGGAUUCCACACACUGGCUGGAGUACAUCAGGCUGCUGUUGGCAGGAGCGGUGCGCAUCGCAGAUAAGCUGGAGUCUGGGAAGACGUCGGUGGUGGUGCACUGCAGUGACGGCUGGGACCGCACGGCCCAGCUCACCUCUCUGGCCAUGCUGAUGCUGGACAGCCACUACCGCACCCUGAGGGGCUUCCAGGUCCUGCUGGAGAAGGAGUGGGUCAGCUUCGGACACAAGUUCGCCGCGCGCGUGGGACACGGGGAUGAGAACCACGCCAACUCAGAGCGCUCUCCUCUCUUCGUGCAGUUCAUAGACUGCGUCUGGCAGGUGAUGCGACAGUUUCCUGCUGCCUUCGAGUUCAAUGAGCUUUUCCUCAUCACAAUCCUGGACCACCUCUACAGCUGUCUGUUUGGUACAUUCCUGUACAACAGUGAGCAGGAGCGAGUUAACCAGGAGGUGCCAAGUAAGACCGUUUCCCUGUGGUCCUACAUUAACAGCCAGGCAGAGGACUUCACCAACCCCUUCUACAUCAACUAUGAGGACCACGUGCUGUACCCCGUGGCCAGCCUGCGCCACCUGGAGCUGUGGGUCAGCUACUAUGUCCGCUGGAACCCCCGCAUGAGGCCGCAGAUGCCAGUGCACCAGAGCCUGAAGGAGAUGCUGGUUCUGAGGGCAGAGCUGCAGAGAAGGGUGGAGGAACUGCAGAGAGAAGCGUCUUCAUCCCUCUCCAUCUCCUCUUCCUCAGACCACGCCACUUCCCCCUCCCACACGAGCACGCCCUUGCACACUACUGUCUGAGCAUGGACAUGCUUAUAUGUACACACACACACACACACACACACUCACAUUUAUAUGUACACACACACAAGCACAGUGAACACACUCUAUAUAUGCCAUUUACUUUGCGCAUGAUAGGUGUCGGAAAUUAUAUAUAUUUUUUCUAUUGAAUUUUGAUGAACUUAUAAAAGUUGUACUGAUACAUUAUUCCUACAGGUAAAAAGGAAUAGGCUAUAUUUAUAUUAGUUCAGAAAUUUGAUUAAAACCAUUUCAACUUGUUAUUUAACACUGUAUUCCUGACUUGUACAUAUGAAUAGAUGAAUAUAUUUGUAGUUAUAUUGACAAAAAUCACCUGCAGAUUAGUUGGAAUGGCAGAAGGACAUAUAAUGAAGUUUUAAAGUCACCAAACCAUGGAAAAGGAAUUUUCAAAAUUCUGUUUUAAUUUUGGAUAGAUUGGGGCCUAAAAUAACUUAAUUAUUUAAGCAUGUUUAGUGUAGCAAACUGAUAGUUAAGAUGAAAAAAUAAAGUGACCUGCAAAUAUGACUGAUACUAGCCUGCACAAGCGGACCCUUCUGGAAAGCACUUUCUCUCUGUUUGUCUAGAGGGGAGGCGCUUUCUCUUUAGACUGGAUUAUCUGGAUUACUCCAGAAGAAGAGUGUGGUGAUGUUCUUGAAGAAGGUAUUCCAUAUUAACUUCAGUAGUGACACACCAAUCUGCCCCAUUUCCCACCCCAAGUACCCCUAUGAUCCUGAUACCUGUUCAAAAUCUCAAUAACUGCAUUCUGGGUACUGCAGUGACUGCAUAAUAUUGUAUGACCAUUCUCAUGGGUGUUUACCUUUUUAUGGUUUUUAAUGAAACGAGUGAAUAUUAUGCAUCUGAGUCGGCCAUAACCCUCUUCAGUAUUUUGCUUAUUUGUUUUAUGACGUUUGCUGUCGUAUGUUAGCGCAGACACCAGCAAUCUCCAUCAGGAGGUGAAAGUUCAUCAUGGCAGCCAACUGCAGUCUUAAGGGCAAAACGUAUGUCCUGCACUGUGCGUUAUGAUGCCACUAGACCACGGCACAGCCAGGCCGGGGGCAUAAUUAAGUAUUUUAUCUUAUUAUUGUAUUAUUUGUAUGAAGGAGAUUCUGUUCAAAGUGUUUUCAUUUUUACACUUUCCUGCCACCACAUUAAUCCAAGUCAUUGUCAGUGUUCUGUCUGGAAGGUCCUGUUACUGUAUCAAUUUUUUUUAUUUACCAAUCAGAUAUCUCCAGGUAUAUAUUAAUGGAACAAUUUUGACAUUUGAAAAUAAUUUGUUUCAGCCAGAUGCUGGUAUGUUGAGAAGUGAAUGACAAGCUUGUACGUUGAUUUUUAAGGAACAAGUCGCUUAAUAACGAUGUGUAAUCCCUUUACACACAACAAAAUUUGUGCUUAUCCUGUGUUAUUCCCUAGAUGUUGGCAUGUAUUUAUUGGGACUUUUUAAGAGUGGGAUUUUGUAAAUAAUUUAUGUAUUCAUCCAUUCGACCGUGAAGUGCUUACAUUUUCUGUCGUUUUUUAAUAAGUGCUGUGUUUUAAUUAGGCCUUAAUGUUAUUUGAUAAUUUGUUCUCAUCCAAGGUAAUGGCUAUUUGCUUAAUAAAUGUCAGUAAUUUCUAUAACUGGUAUGUGAAAGCGAAACCCGCUGUGCCUCUGAUGGUGCUCGAUUUUAAUUUUGGCGUUAAUUUAGUCUAUUAUCUUCUCUGUUAUGCGAUGGUCCUCCAAUGUGAAAUUAGUUCAAGAACCACCAGUUGUAAACAGUGUGUUUAAGUGUUAUGCCCGGCUUGCGUAGAUGUCAUUUUAAUGUGCUUCUGUAUACAUGUAGCUUCCGCUUGCUGUUGCUUUUUUUGCAGGUACGUUUUUAUUUUAGGGGUGUUUUGUUGUCUCUCCCUGGUAUAUUUAUGGUGUAAUAUGAAAAUGUGCCAUUCCUUUUACACAUUUCUGAAAACUUCAAACAUUCCUUCAAAUAAAAAUGAGUUUAAAACUA